AUGGAUAGUGCGCACGGAUCGCCUGCUAGCAGGACGUCUUCCUCUAUGAGUGCUACUCUAGGUCCUCACAUUCAGGGCAUGUUCUUAUCAACUGAAAUCAGUGAUAAAUUAGUAAGUGGAUAUGAGCUGCAGCUAAAACAGGCGUGUUUCGAUCAAACACAGAUGAGUAUGAAGCGAUUCAAAGACGCCUUCAAGCCAAUUCUCAGCGUGGAAGCUACUAAAGCUAAGGAUAGCAGGCCCGAAGGGAAAGGCUUGUCAUCUACACCUCCCUCUUUAACACCAGAUGAAAUUUAUACAGAGGAGGCUAACUUCCAGUUUUGCAUUGAAACUGAUCUAUCAACCUCUCAGUGGGAGUAUAUGGAUUCCUAUCGCGCUUUCCAAGCGGUUAUUGUGGUGGUUAACGUCUGUAACUCACCAAUUGAGCUUCCACGUGCGCUUGAUAUAGUCAAGAGGAUUUUCGAGGCCCGCUACGCUGAUAAAGUCUGCCAAUGUAUCGUCGUGGACCCAACGGCUGAGGUAGAAAAUAAGCUUUUGCCGUCCCUCUCCUCACCAUCAUUGUCUUUUACAGCAGUGUUUACAACCUCCUCAAUUCGCGAAACCGCUCAAAUAGUUAUGGGUAAACUCGCGUAUGCCGUGAUUUGCUCCAUGUUGCAAGACCUUUGCGCUAAAAAUUUUCCAAAGGGGGUAACCUCCGAAUCAAAUCGGUCUCGUUCCAGCGCACUUCCAUAUUCUCCAACCUCACCUCUGAAAUUGUCGAUCAAUAACGUACCUGCAGAUAGCGUGGUGCUGAAGAGAAAAGGGGACAUUUUAUGUCAGCUCGGUGCAUUCGAUCAAGCCAUUCAGACCUAUGGACAAACGGCCUUUGGCGGGGAUACAAAUCCAUUAUGGUGCUCUGCAACACUCGAAUCCAUUGCGGCCGCGCGCUAUCAACAAUGGAAGUCUAUACUCGCCUUGUUUCCAGACAAUAAUUCUACUAUCCUCGCCAUGCAAAGUGGGGCCACACAGUGGGACCAAUCCCUGCUCACUAGGUUAGAUCAGCUGCACACGUUCCUGAGCACCAUUGGUAAGGAAAUUACCAAUACUAUCGCUUCUUUUAAGCAUCAUUGCUUGAGCAGCUCGAUGAAGCAACGAUUGGAGCGGGAUGUCGUCAAAUCGAUUAACUCGAAUCUGGCUCAGCUAAGCACCCUUCUUGGUCGCUCACAGGAGCUCAUGGCGGCGCAAAAAGCGGAGUCGGUAGAUGACAUGCAGCCCUGUGCUCUUGGGAAUGAGUUCAGAACCAUCACCAGCGAAAUUCUUACCCGAGGUCUCAACGAAAUUGAGGUGUAUCUCACAGAAUCCAUCCGCCAGCAGCGCCAUGCAGCAAGGGAUCAUGGCCGGCUCUUACUUCGUGACCGUGAGCUAGAAACACGUCUAAAGCUAGCCAGCUUCUUGGCGUUUCGGGGUCAUGCCGAGGGGUUUAUGGAAGUGCUUGGAAGUGUGCGAACCAUUCUUGAAAGAUCAAAUAAGGGUCUAAAGCAAAGAGUGAUUCACCUAUUUGUCUUUUUAGCCUUACACGCUGGGUGGAAGCGAAAAGUUGUCUCACUGCUUAUUGAGCUCGCCACUAUUGAUAGCAAGGAGAAAUGUUACCCAUCUGCGAUUUGUUCCCUGGUGCGGGCAUGCGCACUCAGUGGUGUAGACUUAUGCAUCCCAGAGCUUGAGGGUGAGCUUUCUAACGACGCGCUCUAUGAUGUCCUCCGCUCCUGCAACUCACCGGGAGAAAAUAGUGAUAAUGGCACCAACUUCAUUAACAGUUACACUUCUCGCAAAUCGUUAGCUGCUAGUCCUGGGGAAAUUCUUAGUGAUAUGACCUCACGGGGUUUCAGUCCCGUGGCUCCGUGCGGAAGGGUAAACAACAAGGGAGAGUCCAAGAUGGGUGGGAAAGCACUUUCCCAUCACGUUCCUAUCCUUAUGGAACUUAUCAGUCUCUUGCUAGAGGCGGGCGAGUAUAGUGGGAUGUGCUGCCGUGUCGCUACGCUUCUCUUGUUUCGCUAUCCGAAUUACCUCGAUCUGAACGCUCAGCAGCGUCUUUUUAAUAUCCUGCAACAAGAGGCUCCUCGCGUUGACCCACACAUCAUGCCCUCCACUCUAACCUCGCCCUUUCUCUCUAGCUGGGAGGUGUUGCCUUUGUCCCCACACCUUGCCCCGAAAACCGUCCCCAUAGGCGGCCCGAUGUUCACCUUUAUCGACACUCAACGUCUUAAACUGACGAUUUUGUGCUUGAAUCGGAAACGGCUCAAUAGCCGCGUGGUGUGGGCCGUCGGGGAUGUCGGUACCGUUAUGAUGACGCUGUACAACCCAUUUCAAUGGAAGCUGUGGAUUACGUCCAUCGUACUUCGCUGUCAGUCUUUCCGCGAGCUCGACGACGCAAAUCACCCGCCACCAGGGUCCGCGUUGGAUGGCACCGGCCCUCUCGCGCCUGUGUGUUACACGGUACGGGAUAUUUGGAUGCCACCGCGCGCGAAGACGACGGUGCCUCUGCGGGUGCAGCCCGCGAUCGAAGGCUUCGUUCGUAUCGAAGGGGUGGAGAUGGGCGUGCGCGGUCUGGGCGCGCUGCAGCCCCUCAUCAGCAGCCUACCCGAGCCGAAGGUGGCGAUCCCGGUUCUGGAGCGGCUGCCCCUCGUCUCCUGCUCCGUCAGCAUGAGCGAGCUUGAGAUCUUUAGCGGGCAAUGCGCUAACUUCUCAGUUCGCGUGGUGAACUGCGGUCAGGUCGCAAUCCCAUCCCUUUCCAUCACCGCCCACGGGGAGUCGUGUCUGCUGGAGGACUGCGAAGGGUGCAAGGAAGGGAUGAACAAAAAGGACGUCUCCGUGAGCCUCGACCGAACGAGGCUGCAGACCGCGGAUCGCCAUCCCCUCCGCCCAGGGGAGGUCGUGCAUAUCCCGGUUCACCUCCAAGCCCCUGCGGAGAUCGUGUCGCCGGAGGCCCAUUUUCUCGUCUUCCACGUGGACUGCGCGCUACCGCACGAAAAGCCGGAGAUGCCGCCUGGGAUCCCGGCUGCGGUCCCCGUCAUGGGCGUCAUCCCGCGCCGUGUGAUCGAGACGCGGAUGCGGCUCUUCUACGCCCCCAGCCUCGUCGUAAGCGAGGUCCACCUGAGCAGAGACAAGCGCUUUGUGGUCAUCCGCAUCACGAACCGAAGCCCGCGGUAUAGCGUGGAAUUGCGGCUGAGCGCGUUGCCCUUCUCCGAACUACCAGACGCCUUCAUCGUGCCUGGCAGCGAGCACGUGACGGCGCCAGUCAACAUCAAUGAUGUCACCCACCACGCAUCUGGGGGUCUAAGCGAGGGGGCUGCUGAAGGGGACUCCGCAAAGUACAUCUAUUACGUCCCCUGGGCGGUCUGCGAGCUUCCAAAUUGCACGGGUAAGCUGGCAUUGGACCUGAGCUUGGUAUCGCAGGAAGUGGUGUGUACAGAGCCGCUAGAUGAGUGUCUCGUCAGUGCGGAUAUUGUGGUGCCGUCGGGGCCUCACUCCCUAUACCCAUCCGGGCGACGCUGGGAAAGCCAAACGGGUAGUUCCCCUGGAAUGAAAUCUCAUAGUGUUCAUAAGAUGAGCCCUGUGGGAAGGAAUAUUCUAGGGAUAGAGGAGGAAGGAGCUGAGGAUGGUGUGGAUACUCAGGAAACGGUCAUGAGUGAGUCGCGCGUAAACGCUGAAAGCAACGGGGCGAUGCCUUUAUUCGACUUUAACAGAGAAGUGUCUAAUCCUAACUCUAAAAUACGAACCAUGGAAGGCCUGGGAUCCACAGCCGAGUUGAGCGAUUCGCGGAAUCUCCCAAUAGUGCUUCCUGCCAUGACGCCGGUGCGGGUGCAUUUGCGCGUCAACGCCCCCUGGAAGCGCGCCAUUCCACUACGCGUUCAAAUUUCCAUGGAUUAUCACCCCGAUGUUGGCAUUCUGUCAGGCCCGGUCGACUCUACCACCCUUGUGGGCGAGCAUGGCCGACACAUUUACGAUUGCUGCUUCGAGCUUUUCGUCUUCAAAGCAGGGGGACACGACAUUUCCAUCACGUUAUCAGACAGCUGUGAGCGUGAGAUUACACAUUGUUUGAAAGUUUAUGUUGUUCACUCAGGAAACAAAAGAAUUUGA